UUUUCUUUCUUCAUGAUGGAGAGAGAGAGCAGACCCUGCGGGCACUACGGCUCUCUGGAGGAGACGCAGGUGGACGAAGCGACGCAGAAAUCAACAGAGGACGUCAUCUCCAUGGCCGACUCCACGAUUACCAUCGGGAACAUUGAAGGGGAGCUGUGCAAAAUUGAGCGGAUAAGAGACAUCCUGGUACGGAGGGAGUCGGAGCUGAGAUACAUGAUGGACGACAUCCAGCUCUGCAAUGAAAUCACGAGGCUGAAGGCGGAGCUGCAGAAACUCGUCUCUAUUUCAGACGGCGACAAGGCCAAGGAGGACCGGGAGAGGGAGGGAGAGCUGCUGCAGCAGAUCAACAAGCUGGUGGAGACCAGAGACUUCCUCGUGGACGACGUGGAGUUCGAGAGGCUGAGGGAACAAGAGGAAGACAGAGAAAUGGCCGCCUUCUUACAGUCCACAUUUCCCAAGACGUUGGCUGCAAGAGGUGCAACGCAACAUGAAACGGUGGCGUCCAAAGCCCGGAAGACGGCAGCGGCGCCGCCAUUCUUCCCUAAAACUGGACUGACGCUACUGAAAGACUGCUGCGGCUUCACCUGCUCCGUCAUGUAACACAGGAGUGUGUGUGUGUGUGUGUGUGUGUGUUUGUAUGUGUAUGUGUGUGUGCACAUGUGAGCCUCCCCGGGGCUUUCAUGUGUAUAUUGUAUGUGAAGAUGAUCUUCAUUAACCCACGUGUGAGUAAUAUACUGCAUAUUAUUCUUAUUACAUAAAUAAUUUGUAAAAUGCUGCCUUUAUAUGUCCUGCAGAGGGGAAUCUUCUACUUAUAGUUAUUAUAAUGAUCCAAACAACACAAAUGUGUGAUAAUAAAAAUAAAGUCCUUUAAGCACUGGAUAUAAUUUUUCUAAAAACAAAACACCAUAUUUGCAUUUUUUUUUUUUACUUGAUAUUUUAUUUAGGUAUUUUUACAGAAAUACAACCUUUUAAAAGGAAGAGUGCAUAAUAAUAGAUAAAAAUAAAGUAAAAUUUAAAGUAAAAAAUUAACCAUGCAUCUGGUCAAGAAGGCCAUAAGGAAAGACUGAAUUUGAAUUUCACUUGGCUUAAGAACUUCAGGCAAUAAGGUUAAUUUAAUGUCGCAGCACCUUUAAAACACCGCUGCAAUUCAAAUGAGAAAAUGCAAACACCGCUGCUAAUUAAAAUGAGAAAAUGCAAAGAAAAGAUUAAUAAUUACAAGGUUAUAUUAACGUUUUUAAAUAAACAAAUAUGUAUUUUAUUUUUUCCCCCACCAGGUGCCAAAGAAAAGAUCUGAUCCUAAAUAGAAAUAUUAUGAAUUAAUAAUAAAAAAUUGUGAUUGGUCCAAAAUGUAUGUUUUAUUUAUCUCUGGAAAAUAUGUGAAUGUUGGUUGUCGCUUCCAACGAGGCGCCAAGAGAGUAAAGACUCGUAUGAGCAUCGCGCCGUGUCUCUGCGCUUCAGCGAUGGAGCGGAUGGAGCGAGAGAAACGGAGCGUGGCGAGAAGCGCCCGGCGUCACUCCGGUGACAUCGCCAGUCCUCCUGCUCAGGGACGAAAGGAGGAGGCCUUCAACUUCUCCACAGCCUCUUUCCUCCUCUGCUCCUCUUGUCUCCUCUCCUCCUUCUAGGCUCUUGUUGCUCUCUCCUCCCUCCUCUCCCUGGCUGCCCAUCUGUGCGCCUCCUUCUACUUCUCCUAGGCUCUUGUUGCUCUCUCUUCCCUCCUUUCCAUGGCUGCCCAUCUGUGCGCCUCCUUCUCUUCCUUCAGGCUCUUGUUGCACUUUCCUCCCUCCUCUCCCUGGCUACUCAUCUGUGCACCUCCUUCUACUUCUCCUAGGCUCUUGUUGCUCUCUCUUCCCUCCUUUCCAUGGCUGCCCAUCUGUGCGCCUCCUUCUCCUCUCUUCCUUCAGGCUCUUGUUGCUCUCUACUCCCUCCUCUCCCUGGCUACUCAUCUGUGCACCUCCUUCUCCUCUCCUCCUUCAGGCUCUUGUUGCUCUUUCCUCCCUCCUCUCCCUGGCUACUCAUCUGUGCACCUCCUUCUCCUCUCUUCCUUCGAGGCUCAUGUUGCUCUCUCCUCCCUCCUUUCCAUGGCUGCCCGUCUGUGCGCCUCCUUCUCCGAAGCUCCACCUCCUCCUCCUCCUAAUGUUCUCUAUUUUAUUGUUCUUUAACUUUUUCUUGAAUAUUUACUGUAGGAAAUACAAUAACAAAGAUCUAGAAAUGUUCCUCAAUAAAACAAAACAUACCCAAAUACUGUUUCUA